AUGUUUAUGAUCAAAAACGUUAGCAAAUAUCUCUUUGGAGACAGCUCCAAAGAGGUCAUUACGGAAAUCCCUCAAGGCCAACUCUACCUCGUCCGCCCUCUUUCCCCAAAAGGCUACUCUGAACUCAUCUACAAAGACGCUGUUGCCAGCAUCAGACGCACGGGACAAGAACAUCAAUACCAGCUGGUUGUCCAGCGAGCGUACGAGGAGGGGGAAGAAGAACUUGCUGAGGACGACGACGACGCAGGCGCUGAGGGUUUAGACAAGGAUGAGAAGACUUUUCUCCUGGACCAGAGUCUCCAUUUCAGGUCGGAAAAGCGGUCAGCUGGCGAAACAGUCUUAGCCUGGCGCGACCUGAGCGGCGACCCCGGAGACCUCUACGAAUUUGUUUGUGACUCUUCAGUCCAAGAAGAAAAGAUCCAGACUUUUCUGCUAGCCGCAAUCGAUUGUCAGUUCGAGAGGAAAUACCGAAGAUCUGCUCAGAGGGCUACAGACGCUGAACUGCAAGAGUUCUACUUUGACUCAGACGACGCCAUCCCAGCCGCGAGCUCAAUACCUGCGCUCGACCCCAAACCAACAUCUAAAGAAGCAGCGCAGAACAUGGCGAAGGACGUCAGAACGCCCACCAAAUCAAACCAAACCAAGACAAGAGACGCUGGCCCCACGGAGGCACCCCCUGCAAAAUCCGCUCCGCGAUCAGGAGAAGUCCUUACCAAGCAGAUUGGAGAGCUUCACCUCUUUGACUUCCCAACAGGGACUUUUGUCCUUCAAGAUCCAUCCGUGGUGGCUGUUGUGACAGAUCUUGGGGGCUGGCAAUACUGGCUUCAAAUAACCAGCUCCACCGGUCGGGAAUGGUUAGGCCAAGCCAUAGUGCCUGAUAUCAAUCCAGUCUUCAACUUCGACUAUCUGUCUGCAAUUUUCAACCACUACACCGAUGAUGGAUCUGCCUAUUCUUGGUUGCUACGGUUCAAGGAUCAGGCCGUUCUGGAAAAUUUUCAAGAGGGUGUCAUGCAGGCUUUGUGGGAGCAAUUGAAUGAGACAAAGUGGUCCAAGGUGAAAGACCAGGAACGCGAAUACGUACUGGAAGCUUUCAAUGAUUUGACUAUGAACGAUGCGAAUGAAGGGGAGGAGGAAGUCGACGAAGAAGAGGACGAAGAGGACGAAGGAGACACCCCGCGAAGCGAGCACUAUGACGAGGAUGAGUCGGAGGAUGAUGUUGAUCUAGACGACAAAGACGGAAAUGUCAACUCCCAACUCGCUGUUGGCACUAAAAACGAUCGAUCCUUUGUCAUUCGCGGCUCUAAGAUUGGUGUCUUCAAACAUCUGCCCAACAAGCAUCUCGAAUUCACUACAAACAUAUCCAAGGUUGAAACUCCCAAGGGCAAACUUUUCUCUCCGACCAAGGUCAUGCUCCACCAGGAGGAUCAGAACAUGGUGCUACAAGACCCCAACAACCCCCACUCACUCUAUCGCAUGGAUCUCGAGUAUGGCAAGGUUGUGGAUGAAUGGAAAAUCCACGACGACAUUGCUGUAAGCAAUUUUGCCCCAGAAACGAAAUUCUCUCAACGGACGGCUGCACAAUCGUUCAUUGGUCACAGCAAGAAUGCCCUCUUCCGUAUCGAUCCCCGUGUCUCUGGCAACAAAUUGGUCGAAGCACAACUCAAGCAAUACCUUUCUAAAAACGACUUUUCUGCAGCCGCCACGACUGAAAAGGGUUAUAUUGCGCUGGCGUCCAACAAGGGUGAUGUCCGACUGUACGACCGUCUCGGAAUCAAUGCCAAAACCCAGAUUCCAGCUCUAGGCGAAGCAAUCAUCGGCCUCGACGUCAGCGCCGAUGGUCGCUGGAUCCUGGGGACCUGCAAAACCUACCUCAUUUUGAUAGACAACCUACAGAAGGACGGCAAAAACGAAGGCAAACUAGGUUUCGAGAAACCCUUCGCAAAAGACUCGAAGCCUCAGCCCCGCCGCCUCUGCUUGAACCCCAAUCAUGCUGCACAAUUCCAGCAUGAAACAGGCCAACCGAUCUCAUUCACGCGGGCCCACUUCAACACCGGGCUCGACAGCCAGGAAACCAGCAUCAUUACCUCCACCGGUCCAUUCCUAGUCACCUGGACCCUUAAGAAAGUCCUCGAGGGGAAGAGAGACCCUUAUCAGAUCAAGCGCUAUGCUGCGGAAGUUAUGGCCGACAAUUUCGAGUUUGGUAGUGAUAAGAAUGUUAUCUUGGCACUACCUAAUGAAGUAGAUAUGGUGAGUCGCAAGAGCUUCAAAAGACCUACCAGGGAAAGCAUCAUGGGCCCGGCAGCGAGAAUAUCUGGGGCAGGGAUGACACCGCGGAGAAGUGGGAGGCAGAGUCAUUUGCGGGAUGAGAUUGUGAACAGUCCUUAUUAA